UUCGAUGUUUACUUUAGGUAUUGUACCUAGGUACACGAGCAAUAACAAUUAUUUCCCACCUUUCCCUUACAAACCUGAGAGGAGAUAAUAAUAUUUCGCACCAUGGCGAAUCCGGUCGUAGCGCCUUGGGAGCUUGAUCCUGAAGGCGAUGUCCUGCUUACACUUCACAACCCGAACGCACCAUUUGCUGUAUGGGACGAAUACUGGUAUAGGAAGCAAAUAUUUUCUUUUUGGGGGCAACUUGUCACUGAGCCUCAGAAAUCCGAACCGGCGAAGGCUACUCCCCAAACCCAAACCGAAGCCACUUCCGAGAAAAAGCAAGGGUUACCCAUACCAGACCAACCUACAAGUUCAAAACCUAAAGUUCAGUUCUUGCUCUCGUCAAAACAUCUCUCUUUAUCUUCUGGAUACUUUAAGAAUCUUCUGCGAGGUCCUUGGAAAGAAGCAACGCCUACAUCUCCAGAUGGUCGCCUGUGCGUGGACGCUGAGGAUUGGGAUGAGAAUUCUCUGCUCCUUCUAAUGCGAAUUAUCCAUGGUCACAAUUUCAAAGUCCCUAAAUCAAUGACCCUUGAAGAAAUCGCCAAAGUUGCCGUACUAGUCGACUAUUACCAAUGCCAUGAGGCAGUUAUGGUGUGGUCGGAUGUAUGGAUAGACAAGAUACCUAAUCCGAUACCUAAUCCUGACGAAAACGCGUUCAAUAGGGAUACUAUUCUAUGGAUUCUGGUUGCUCAAGUAUUCCGCAAAGAGCAAUCAUUCAGGAACGCAACUCUAGCCGCUAUACAAUACUGUAAAGGUAGAUUUCCAACGCUAGGCCUGCCAAUCACAGCAGUAGCCGAUAGAAUCGAUAAGGAGAGGGAGAAGCUCCUAGGUCAGGUUUUUACUUGUGUAUAUGACCUUCUUAAACGCUUGCGCCGGCAACAGGUUGGAUGCUCAUUCGCGUGUUCGUCGAUGAUGCUGGGCGCACUCAGUAUACAGCUCCAUCAGCUAGGGAUCUUCGAACCGCAGCUAUAUCCCCCAUAUCCUCGCUAUUGUUACGUGAUAGCUAUAUCAAUCAUGUUGAAUAUUGCUACUCCCGAAUGGAUGGUCGUGCCACAAUUAACGUACGCUCCGUUCACAAUACAAAAUCACGCUUGUACACUUUGGCAUUUUCUCUCCCCAAUGUUGAUUAAUAAAGCCAAAGGUAUUGAGCUGGCAGAUAUCCAAGGGGAAGGAGUCAAGAUGGUCUGAGGUAUUAACUAAAAAAAAGCCGAGAGCAUGCAUCUAGCUUGGUGGGCCAUUAUCUCGGCUUGGCUAAUAGGGGACUCGGUGCUGCUACUACGUUAGAUACCUAUAUAGAGUUCUAUGCUGAACAGAAUCUGGUGCCCCUUGCAGAGUAUGGCAUAUCACUCCAACUAUCCAAGGGCCUGACGUAGGCCCUAGACACAGCUAAUGAUAUCACUACACUCUGAAAAGAUUCAGAGUUAACUGGUGAGACAGGAAUAUUGUACGAUGCUGUGGAAAAUCAACGAAAGAAUGUGUAUGUAUAUUGAAGAUGAGAUGCUGUCUAAGUUCUGAUCAGGAGACAUCACUUGCUAUGGGACCUAUUGAACAAACCGCUA